GGCGCCGGCAGCCCCGUGGCCGCCACCAUGGAGCGGCCCCCCGGGGAGGCGGAAGGAGCAGGCCGGGGGCGUCCAAACUGGUCCCAGCCGAAAACGGACUCUUGGCAUCAGCUCUCGGCGGAAAUAGACCUCACCCAAGGGAUGGACACAACCAGGACGAGUUCGAGCCCGCUGAGGGGCGAGGGACACCUCUCGGAGUUGCCCUCUCUGGAGGAAGGCCCCCUGGUCUCACCGGAAGAUGGAGGGAAAGAGAAGGCGACGUUUUCCCCCUCGCUAGCUUUUGGGGACAGCGGCAUCUCUCCCCACCUCCCCCUGGCGGCAUCCUCCCCGCCCCAAGAGCCCAAGGUCUGGGACGACGACACCUCCUUCCAGCGGACCGACCUGGAUUUCGCCCCUCUGAGGGCGACCCCAGAUCAGUCGGAAAUGACCGAAGGGCACUCGAGGCCUUCGCGACCCAGCGAAGCCUUGCUCUCGGCGGCUUCGGGAGCGGCUCCGGACUUAGCGAACAGCCGUGUCAGUCUGUCGCGGCACACGCUUGCCGCUACGGGUUAUGAUGCCAGCCUCUCCCAGCACCCCUUUACUCUGCCCGGCCAAGAAGACGACGAAGGGCCCGCCUCCCCCGAGCCUGACGGCGGGCACCCGGGCCCCAGCGGAGCGGACGGUUUACGAGUCCUCGGUUCGCAGACUUCCCGGGAAGGGCAGGCCCAAACCGCCCCCGCGAGCGCGAGCCCAAAUCCCGGUGCGGGAGCCCAGGCCUAUUUCCCGGAAGAGAGGCCCGCUCCUUUCCUCCUGGGGUUGUUGGAGAAGGAAGUAGGGCUCCUCACUUCUCUGGAGGCCCCCUCUUUUUCGGGCAGAAGACCCUCGUGCGAGCCAGUCUCUCCCGGGAAUCCCGAGGAGAGCCAAGUCAGGCCGGAAGCGAGUCCUUCAGAGUCGGCGGAGACACCGUCGGUAGAGUUCGGGGAAGAACCCCCCCCGAUAUUUACCGAAGAGGAGAUGGCUCCAGAGGGCGCGUCUUCCGGGUUUUUAGAGGGACAGCCCGUUAAGAAUCCCCCCCGUCCGUCGGCGAAUUGUGGGAAAUCUCCGGAAGCUCCCCCGGCCGCCGGGGCCGAUGCUGCCGAUGUCCGAGGGCGGCCCUCCGGCCGUACUACUCGUUCCGUCGGCGGGCCCCCCGGGAAGUCCCCGGUGGCGAAGUUCCCCCGACAGCAGCAGAAGGAAGCCCCCCCGUCUUCCCCGGACCAGCCCGGCGCUAACGAACCCGCACCCCUCCGGGCGGCGACUGUCGAUUUUAGCGGGCGGGAGAUCCGGCCCGAGGGCAGCGGGGCCAAAACGUCUGCCUCAUCUGGUGACAGUUCUGGGGGGGAGAAAAAGGAAAGAGACAGUCCUCUCUGGAGUCACCCGUUCCUGGACGAGAAAUCUUUCUUCCGACGGCUGACUCGUCCCAUCCACCAGUCGACUCCUGGGCUGUCUGCAGCCAAAGCCGUCACCCGAGAAGGAGGCUUCCGGCCCCUUCCCGUCACCCCCGACCCGCAGGCCUCGCUCUCUUGUCGGAGCGACGGAACGUCCGAGAGCCCCGGCAAGCCUCCCGUCCCGAAUCGGGCCCCCCCUCCGAGUGACGGGAAUACGAACCGGGACAACUUUCCCCCCGGGGGGAUGGUCCCUCCUCUCCCGACUCUGAGUUUCCUGGAGAAGAUCGGAGCCUGGGAUACCAGGCCUCGAGAUGACAGGUCCCCUGAGGUGCCAGCCGCACCCGGCCCGUGCGGCGUCUCCGGCAGGCCGCGAGCCCGGGAGGUGAUCGCGGGGUCCUCGGGCCGCACCCUGUCCCCGGUGGGGGGCUCUCCCGUCGGUGGGGCAGAGUCAGGGAUGAGCCCGCCUGCCCGGGAAGGGAUGCCGCUUGACGCCUCCCGCCCGCGCUCGGGAGACGGAGUGGGCCAAGAGAGGCCGCGGCCCGAAGCCGCUGACGUCCCGAGCCGCGGCGACGGCAGGGCCGGCCCGUUAGGACUCCCUGACGUCACGAGCGACGAGGCUGAGGGCCGAAGAUCCGGGCUCGGCGUUCCCGGGUCCGCUCCCUGGGCAGAUCCGGGAAAGACCGGCGGAGCCCGGGCCUCGGGGCGGGAUGCCGGCCCGUCUGAGGAGAGAGGCGUCGAAGCGCUCGGGGGUGACGGACGAGAGGAGCGCAGCCUGCGCCGAAACGGCUCCGAACCGUCCCGUGGCCCAGAUGUUUCCGCUGGUCUCCUCCCCGUGAACCGAUUUGGCGCCGUUUUCCCGGAGGACGGCGUGAACCGUCCGGCACCUCUGCCCGCGAGCGCUGGGGCGGUCGAGGUCGCCGCCACCUCCGUCCCAGUGGCCCCCGAGCCGUCGGUUGACAGUUUAGGAGCCGAGGAGAUCUGCUCGCCCUCUCCUCCGCAGACACCAACCGAGAGGGAACUGAACAUCGAAGAUCGAAUACCCGUUUACCUUCGUAACCUCGGCAUCGACCAGUCGCCUUCGAGCAUCUUGACCCCCUUCGUUCCCCGAGGGCCGAUCCGGGAGCCGGAGUUCUCCCCCUCGGAAUUCAGCGCGUCGAGGCUCUCCUCCGACGCUCUCCGGAAGACUGUCGCGGCCUCUGGAGGAGGCUCCCCGCAGACAGCCGGAAUGUCUCAGUCCAGCUCCGUCUCCGGCACCUCCGUCCUCGAUGCGUCCAUCCCCUCGGAUUCGGACACCGGCCCCGAUUCUCCAUCACCCCAGCUCGACGGACGAUCCCCCUCAGAGACCCCCAUCAAUCAGCGCAGCGACUUCUUCCGGCAAGCCGCCGACCGGACGUCACCCGCCGAGGAUCCGGGCGGACGCCGUUGGGGGGCUCUACCGCCGCUCGAGCCGCCCGCCCGGGGAGACGCGACGGCCCCCUCCGCCGCCCGCCGUCACGGAGAGAGCCCCGGGCCCGUGGCGGAACGUGUCCGGGCUCUAAUCGAUUCGUUGGGCUUGAGGGACUGCGACCUCAACUCUAAGGAUGCCCCUUCUCGUCUGCUCUUCGCCAGUCUUUUCGCGACGGGAGCGAAAGACGGGUCCCCGUCGCCUGACGUGAAGCCUCCGGGUGGUUGGGAAAAGCGGGGUGUUGGAAAUCCCCCCGCCGUCGGAUCCGCGACCCUCAAAGAGGUCAGGACGCUCCUGGCGGAGGCGGAGGACGAAGUCCUGAAGAGGUUCGAUCCCGUCCCUCACCUUGUCCCUUUCAGAGAGCUCGGGGAUUUUUCAACAGCCUCACUCGAAGAUCCGGUCCUCCCCCGGGACUCGUCCUUUGCCGAGGAAACCGGGGGGGCCUCGCCACCUGCGGGAUCGCCGCCGUGGAAUGAAAGCCUGGCCGCCGACAUCGCGCGGGAGGAAGCCAACCCGCUGAAGAUGCCCUGCUCCCUCAGGCGAGAGGGCCGUCGGGAGCCCCUCGUCGGCCGGACCCCGAUCGAGAGGACGGCCUCGCGGGAGGGAUUCGAGAGGAAGACUAGAAUGGCCUCGGAAGAGACCCCCGGGCAGUAUGAGGCCACCAAAUCUCCGCGGAGAUGUGAGCCAGAAGGCUGCAGCGGGGCCACCGGCGCUAAAACGGUCCCGGCGGUCCCGGUGGGCGGGGCGGAGGCCGAUUCGGAGGCCGAUUCGGAGGCCUCAGGGACUCGAGGGCCUCUGCGGCUCGUCCCCAGACACCCUCCCCCUGGCCCGGCCCGGGUGAACGUGACAGGAGAGCCCGGGGCGGAGAGCGACGGGGGCAGCGGUAGCAGCGGAGACUCUUUGGCCGCCCGAGUCCGGAAACUCCUGCGGAACGAAACCCCGGGGAGCCGCGCUCCUUCACUGCGCCCGGAGGACGUGAAAAGCCCCGUUGGAUCGCUCGCCUGGGGGAAAUUGCAUCCGAGCAGUCUAGAGCUGACCGAAGAGGACAGGAGAAGAGUAGAAGCGAUCAGGUCCCAGCUGCUCUUGACCGAGAGGAACAGCGGAUUUGGAGAGAGUCCCCGGAAGGGAGGCUUCCUAACCGCGACUGCCGAACGGCCUCGGGUGAGGAGCCGGACACCUACCCCUCCAGAGCGGGGUACAGGCCAGGCCCCGGGAUCUCGGGGGGCUCAGCCCGUCAGCUGCGGCGACCGAUCCGGAGCCAGCGACCCCGAGUUCAGAACGUGGACAUCCAUGCCCUCUCCCGGCCACCGCCCACCUCAGACCCCCGCAGCCGACACCGUGAGCCCCGGCACCGGGCUUCGGACGCCAUUCUGUGAAGAGGACGACGGCCGGCUGUCGAGGGCCGCCGGGGAAAGGUCCACCCCGCCGCAGGUGGGGGCCCUUGACCCGGACGGCCCGUUCCCGGGAGCCUCCAAGCGGAUCACGUCCAUCACUUUCGCCUCUCGCAGGCGUUCCAAGUCCUUCUCAGGUUCACCCCCUGGCAAGAACCCGCUUGCCGCAGAGUCUCUGGGAGGCUUCGGCUCUCUUCCCACCGAAGAAGAGAGACAAGGCGAUGAGGAGGAGGCCCUCUACCCCGCUUCGAGCAGAAGGCUGAGCCGUUCCCUAGAGAGAGGCCUGAAUUUCUCCUCGGAGAGCGAUAAGCUGUCCCGUGAGGUGGCCUGGGACGUCGAAGACUCUCGCCGGAAGAGCCAUCUGUCGGCGGCGGCGGAUCUUGGGGCUUGGGAAGCCGGGCCUGGGCCCGGGCUAGGAGGGGGCGGUUAUGAGGGAAUUCAGUCUCCCCUGAGAGAUGUCUUUUGGCGGACGGGAGGAAUCUACAGCGUUGACAGUGAUACGGAGACAAGUGCGGGUCUGGGCCUCCCCGCCGAGAGCCCUCGGGGGUCAACAGAGCCUCGUUGGGGCCACGGAGUCCCGGCCACAGAUCAGAAGAGGGAAAGUCCCAGCCGAUUUCCACAGACUUUUCUUACAAACCACGCGUGUGUCGGGGGAGAAGACAAACCCUAUUUUCCUCCGGAAGUCACGCAGGCAGACUCCAGCAGUGCCGUUCCCCCAUCCUCUCCAGCUCAGGGGGCAGGCGUCACGCCCGCCUCUUGCCCGUCUCCAACCCGGAAAGCCCUCUCGUGCGUCCGCAUAACGCUCUCCCCGCAAAGCGCCAAUUCCCAAACGGCGGCCGGCGCCUCAGUUCAGAGAGCAGGCGCGUCGGUUGCCGGGGCCCGAGCGCGACCGAGUGACCGAUUCGAGCUCAGUCCCGAGGCCGGGUUUUCAAAGGCUCCUUCGCUAGCGUCCACCUCCAAACUGCUGACCGCUCACCCUCCACCACACGCCCAAACAACCGGAGGUUUCCCUCCUCCGAAAUCCGCCGGGCCGUCUCCUCUUCCGGACGGGCUGGCCGCCACCCAGGAGCUGGACCGAUCGUAUUCCGGUAAGAGCCAGGCGGGACCCGUUUCGAGACGGACCCAAGUGGAUAUUUCCGAUUCGAUCGGGCAUCCCGCCCGUCUCUCCGAGGACCUCGGGACGGCCGCUUCUCCCCCCACCGGGAGACCGUCGUCGUCCGACGCCAUCACUCAGAUAACAACGGAGAGCCCGGAGAAGACCACGUUCUCGGCCGAGAUUUUCGUGAACGGCGAGGCGGGCGAAAGCGCCCUCCCCGAGCCCCCUCGCCGGAAGGUACAGGGCCCCCCAAAUCCGCCGCCGCCGUGGUCCCCGAACCAGUUCGCCGCUCCUCGAGGGCCAGACGGUGAGAGAAUGGAAUCGCACGCUCGCUGUCUAGAUCAGCGUGGGUUUCCUCCGGGUGACCCCCCAAAUGUUCAGCCCUUACUCCUGCCAUACAAGCCUUCCAGAAGUGCGGCCAUGUACUAUGUUCCCCACCCGAAGGAAAUUCCCAGGUACCCCCGGACCACUUCGGAGUCCACCAGUGAGAGCACUCACUCAGGGUCCAACGAUGCUGUGGCUCCGGAAUUCCCGGCUGAAGCGCUCGGCCGGAGGGACGAGAGUCUGUCAGGCGUCGGAGCCGGGAAACACGAAGAGGGAAUUUACAGUAAGAGGGCCAGACCGAGGGUUGCCUGGGCUGAAGGGAAAACGACCUUCCAGGAAGCCACUGCAGAGUCCCACGAGCGUUUCGGCCUCGCCGACCCGCCCCGUCCCACCCUCAGGCCUGCUCAAUUUUCCCUUCACCCAUCAGCGUGCGGAGAGCGCGAUCCCGACUUGGGAUCUCCGGAGCCCCCGGGAAAGGGUGCCGGUCGGCCACCUGGGAGAGAAGACUUCUUUCCGUUUCGCCCGGCCGGAGAGCGGGACGAACCUGGCCUCUCUCCCCUGUACCGAGGGCCCAGAGAGGAGGACAGGUUCUCGCCGUUGAGGGCCGAGCCGGAUCACGGCCGGACGGAGAGUCCCGGAUUCCAGGUGGCUCUGGGGAGGGGACAGUCGAGGCAGGCCGCUCAGAAGGCCAACGGUGACCCCGGAGCCGGUCUCUCCGUGAGCCGUCCCCCGGGGGACGAGGAGACGGGCCGAGAUGCCACCCGGCACCCCGACGGCGAGGGCGACCUCUGGACCAGAUUUCCGGAGCGCCAGGAGGCCCCCCGGCUUCCCCAAUCCAGCCGCUGGUCGGAGCCGUCCCUGGUGGAGCGGCUGGAGCGCCUGGCCAGACUCCUCCGGAUUCCCAACUGGAAUUCUCUCCUGCUCCCCGAAGGCGAGCGGGAAGACCCCAAAGGGUGGCCAGGUGACGGGGGACGGGGGCAGAGGCGCGGUCCCCGGGAGAAGCAGCGGCCCAGGAAGGAGGGGGAAGGCCUAGACGUCCCCCCCGGACCCAGCGGGGCCUAUUUGACGCCCGGGCCGUGGAGAGACCCUCGCCCCGAGGCCCAGAGGGCCUGCUCCCCACAGAGCAAGCAGGCCCCGCCGCAGUGGCCAGACUCAGACGUCGCGAGCGGCGCCUCUCCUCACCCGGGGAGCGUCGCCUCGCCGUCGGACCAGGCCUCCCGGGCCGGGACCGAGGCCCUCACCGAGGCGAGCGCUUCCGUCUCCUCCAUCGACACGGCCCGGCUGGUCAGGGCCUUCGGGCCGGAGAGGGUGUGCGUGUCGCCCAGGCUGUCCCAGCUUUACCGCGCCAUCAGCCGGCAGAAGACUCACCCGGGGCGGGCGGGGAGACGGCGGGGAACGGCCGCCGACGCCCAGCACCCCAAAAUGGCUUCCGAGCGCGGCAGAGGUCGAGAAGGGACGGAGGUAGGGUACGCGACUUCCUCCGCCUCGGUUUCCACGCUGAGCUGGGGGCCGAGCUCUGCCCUCAGAAAAAAACGAAGCGUCCAGAUGCAUCACAAGAGCGUUCAAGUGGGGGACUUGGAAAUCGUGAACAGCGCCACCAAGAAGAACACGCGCGACGUAGGCCUGACAUUCCCCACGCCCAGGUCGGGCCCGGAGAGGCCGAGGGUGGGCUGGAGCCUGGCCGGAACCGCUUUCCCACGUUCCGGGCCCGGGGGUUCGCCACAGCCAGGAGACGGAAGGGAUGCGAAGAGGCCGGCGGACGUGGGGGACAGAAAGAGCAGGAAGAGCAGAUGGCAUCCACCAGAGGGCCUCUCCUGGUUCGUCCCGGCCGAAAGCGUGAAAGCGGACGCGAGGAAAGAGAACCGGGCCGGCCCCGGCCCCGCCUGGUUCGAGCCGCUGACCGGCGCAAAGCCGUGGAGAGAGCCCCUGCGGGAGAAGAACUGGCAAGAACUGGCCGAGCUCAGCAGGGCGAUGGCCGGAGUCCGGCCCGCUGCCCCGUGGUCGGGAAGGGACGAGGGGCAGGAGGCCCCGAAGCCCUUUGUGAAGGCCUCCCUGCAGGAAUCCCUCGCCCUGCACCGCCCCGAUUUCAUCUCCCGCUCCAGGGAACGCGUGAAGCAGCUCAAGUCGGUGACGGCGCAGAGGAAACUGCAGCGGGCGUUGCUGAGGGAACGAGACGAGUUCUUCGGCUCCUCCGAUCACUGGCGAGGCUGCCGGGAUGCCAGUUGCCCGUUGUCUGUCAGAGGUUUCCUGAUGGCUCAGAAGAGGAUAAUCCCAAAGAAGGAGAUGCUUCAGCGAUCCAAGCGCAUCUACGAGCAGCUCCCGGAGGUGCGGAAGAAGCGAGAGGACGAGAAGAGGCGAGCGGAAUACAGCUCCUACCGGCUCAAGGCCCAGCUGUACAAGACGAAAAUCACCAAUCGGGUCUUGGGAAGAAAGGCCUCGUGGGAGUGACGACAAGAAACAAUCCCUCUCCAAAGGGAUAUUUGUCCCUGGGGUUCAGCACUGAUCUAGGGGUGAACAAUCUGUGUUUUUAUGUGCUGUGCGGAUGUGUGUUUUGGGAGAUCGAUUGCGUCCGUGUUUCUCUAGGCAGGGGUCGAUUCGAUGGUAAUAAUCAAGGAUGGUCAGGUUAGAAGGGGGAACCUAGGAGGAGGGAAAGAAAGACACCGUCUCCUUUGUGUCGGGUUUGUCACGGUAAUUCUGCCUUGUGGUUUCCAGCCUUAAACUGAGCCCCUUUUUGUACGUUUUUAUACUUCUCGAAAAGAAAUUAAAUGACGUUUGACCGACCUGGA